AUGAGUGGAGGUGGGGGUAAUUAUACUUGGCAAUGCAACUUUUGCAAACAAAUAAAGAGUGGUUCAUAUACUAGAGUUAGAGCACAUUUGAUGGGUGUAGCAAAAGGUGGAAUUAGUCAAUGUCCUAGUGUAACAAAUGAGGAUAGAAUGCAAAUGAGAAACUUAGAAAGACAAGUUGAGCAAUAUGAAGUAUCUAGACAACCAAAAAGACCACCACUUCCUAGUCAAUCUUUGUCUUCUGAAACUUCUCUUUCACCAACUUCAUAUGCCAAGAAAAGAAAAUCUGACAACCCAAUCACCAAAGCUUUUGAUAUACAAGCUCGAAACAAUUUAGAUGCUGAGAUAGCAAGGAUGUUUUUUACUGGAGGAUUGCCUUUCAACCUUUGUCGAAACCCUUACUAUGUUAGUUCAUACAACUAUGCUGCCACAAAUAAUAUUCCUGGUUACAAUAAAAUGAGAACCACUUUGUUGGAUAGAGAGAAAGAAAAUGUUGAAAGGCUUUUAGAACCAACAAAGGCUACUUGGAGAGAAAAAGGGGUAAGUAUAGUGAGUGAUGGGUGGAGUGAUCCACAAAGGAGACCUUUAAUUAACCUCAUGGUGGCUUGUGAAGUUGGUCCUCUGUUCUUAAAGGCCGUUGGUUGCUCAGGAGAGGUAAAGGAUAAAGACUUUAUUGCUAGUUUGUUGAAUGAUGCCAUUGAAGAAGUUGGAGAGGACAAAUUUGGUGUACAAAUUCUCACUGAUAAUGCAAGCAAUUGCAAGACCGUUGGAGAACUUAUAGAGGGUAGAUAUCCACAUAUAUUUUAG